UGAAACCCUCAGGACACUUUGGAUGGCCCACCUGGCGCACAUUUGUCCAUUUCUUGUUUUUCUUGAACUUCUCUGAGUGAUGGAGCGGAAGUAAAGGACGUUUAGGGGCAGCAGGAUAAAUGACUGCUGUGCAACAGGCAACUAACUGGGCUGCAAACUCACUGAAGGCUGGUCGGCUUCGGAGGAACUGUUGCACAAAAUCCCGCUGCGAUGUCCCUGCUGUGCGUCAGAGUGAAGAAAGCCAAGCUUCACGGGCCUCCAGACAAGUUCAACGCCUACGUGACCUUAAAGGUGCAGAAUGUGAAGAGCACAACCAUCGCGGUGCGAGGGGAACAGCCAUGCUGGGAACAAGACUUCAUGUUCGAGAUCAGUCAUCUGGAGUCAGGUCUGGUGGUGGAGCUAUGGAACAAAGGUUUGAUCUGGGACACGAUGAUCGGCACAACACUGAUACCUCUAGACACCAUCCACCAGUGUGACGAGGAGGGACCGGGAGAAUGGGCAUCUCUGGACUCUGAGGUGUUAAUGAGGGAGGAUGAGAUCUGUGGUACCUCCAACCCAACAAAACAUCAAGUGCUGCUGGACACCCGCUUUGAAUUACCCUUUGAUAUCCCAGAGGACGAGGCUGAGUACUGGACCAGUAAGCUGGGACGCAUCAACACCAUGCGGAUACACGAUGAGUAUCCCUUACAGGGGGAUGACCAGAGAAGAAGAAUGCCAUCUGUGCCCUCCCAGUGCUGCAGUUGGAAUUAUUUUGGAUGGAGUGACCAGCAGACUUAUGAUGACCAUGAUAGUGCUGUGGACGAUCGCGACAGCGACUACCGCAGUGAAACUGGACACAGACCACUACGGUUCCACAACACUUCCCAGCCAAAUUCAUCCAUCCACCAAUACCCAAUCGGACGCAGGGGCCAACAUCAAAGUUUGUCCAGGGAGUCUGACUCUGUACAAAGCUAUGAGCUAGACUAUAGAGACAUGAGAGCCCCCAGCCCGCUGGACAGCAGUCACCUGGAUUCAUCGGGCAACCUCAGCCCCAUCAGCUCCCAGCUCAGCUCUGAGCCUGAGGAGCGCCAGCAUCCAGAAUCCGGUCCCCCCAGCGAGCCUCAACCUCCUCUCCGGAGCCAAUCAUCCAUUUGGAACGAGGAUGAGGAGGUUGAGAAGGAAGUGAAUGCCCUCCCAGAGCCUGGUUCCAAUAAAGAUUUGAAGGACUCUUCUGUCAUCCUCUCCAAGCCGACCUUGGAUAACUAUGAAAUAAAGAGUCAGACCAAACUCAGUUUCUUCGAGGAUGGGCCUCCACCUUGCUCUCCAUCUAAGGUGCGCUGGCUGAAAGCAUACAACAAAGUUAGAGUCAACAUCAUUGAGAGCCGAGAUCAAGAUGCUGACCCCAGCAAGCACCCAUGGGCCAAGCCAGGGGGAAAUGCACCGUUUGGUAUUGACAGCAUGCCAGACCUCCGCAAGAGGAGGCCCAUUCCCCUCGUUAGUGAACUGGCUAUGUCUAUGAUACAGUCCAGGAAAGCUGGGCUCGCCCACUCACUGGCCACACGGACAUCCCUGAAAGAUGAAGAGCUCAAAAGACAUGUGUACAAGAAAACCUUGCAGGCUCUGAUCUACCCCAUCUCCUGCACCACGCCGCACAAUUUUGAGGUGUGGACGGCCACAAAACCCACCUACUGUUACGAGUGCGAGGGUUUGCUGUGGGGCAUCGCCCGGCAGGGUAUGCGCUGUGCAGAGUGCGGGGUCAAAGUGCAUGAGAAAUGUCAAGAGCUGCUGAACGCUGACUGCCUGCAAAGAGCAGCUGAAAAAAGCUCCAAGACAGGGGCAGAAGACCGGACACAGCACAUCAUCAUGGCCAUGAAGGACAGGAUGAAGAUUCGUGAGAGAAACAAGCCUGAGAUAUUUGAGGAAAUCCGGAAAUUGUUUGAUAUUUCUAAGAUGAUCCAUGGUCAACACAUGAAGAGCAUCAAGCAGAGCGUCCUAGAUGGCACCUCCAAGUGGUCGGCCAAAAUCACCAUCACCGUCGUCAGUGCACAGGGUCUCCAGGCCAAGGACAGGACGGGAUCCAGCGAUCCGUACGUCACCAUCCAAGUGGGCAAAACCAAGAAGAGAACAAAGACCAUUUAUGGCAACUUGAACCCAGUCUGGGAGGAAAAGUUUAGCUUCGAGUGCCACAACUCAUCAGACCGUAUGAAGCUGCGAGUUUGGGACGAGGACGAUGACAUCAAGUCCCGCGUGAAGCAGCGUCUGAAGAGAGAGUCCGACGACUUCCUGGGCCAGAGCAUCAUCGAGGUCCGAACGCUGAGCGGCGAGAUGGACGUUUGGUACAACCUGGAGAAGAGAACCGACAAGUCAGCAGUGUCUGGUGCCAUUCGCCUUCAGAUCAGUGUGGAGAUUGAGGGAGAGGAGAAAGUGGCUCCGUACCAUGUGCAGUACACGUGCCUUCACGAGAAUACGUUCCACUUCUCGACGGAUGUGGAGGGAGGCGGCGUGGUGAAGAUCCCAGCUGCUCUUGGGGAUGAUGCGUGGAAGGUCUACUUUGAUGAACUGCAGCAGGAUAUCGUGGAUGAGUUCGCCAUGCGUUACGGCAUCGAGUCCAUCUACCAGGCCAUGACCCAUUUCUCCUGCCUGUCCUCUAAGUACAUGCUGUCAGGAGUACCAGCAGUGAUGAGCACCCUGCUGGCCAACAUCAAUGCCUUCUACGCCCACCCCACUGCCUCCACAAAUGUGUCUGCACCAGCCAGAUUUGCAGCCUCCAACUUUGGGAGAGAUCGUUUUGUGAAGCUUCUGGAUCAGCUGCACAACUCACUACGUAUCGACCUCUCCAUGUACAGAAAUAACUUCCCAGCCAGCAGCAAGGCUCGUCUCAGUGAUCUCAAGUCAACUGUGGAUCUUCUCACCAGCAUCACCUUCUUCAGGAUGAAGGUGCUGGAGCUGCCGAGUCCGCCCAGAGCAGCCAACGUGGUGCGGGAUUGUGUGAAGGCCUGUCUGAACUCGACUUACGAGUACAUCUUCAACAACUGUCUGGAGCUCUUCAACCGGCAGUUUCAAAACGCCGAGGAAAAGAAAGAGGAGAGCCAGCCAGAGGAGCAAGGCCCAAGUAUCCAGAAUCUGGACUUCUGGCCUAAACUCAUCACGCUCAUCGUGUCCAUCAUCGAGGAAGACAAGAACUCAUACACACCCAUCAUCAACCAGUUUCCUCAGGAACUCAGUGUGGGGAAAGUCAGCGCUGAGGUCAUGUGGAUCCUCUUCGCUCAGGACAUGAAGUACGCCCUGGAGGAGCAUGAGAAGCAUAAGUUCUGCAAGACUGCUGACUACAUGAACCUUCACUUCAAGGUCAAGUGGCUUUACAACGAGUAUGUGAAGGACCUGCCCGCCUUCGAAGACACUGUGCCUGAAUAUCCUGCGUGGUUUCUCCAGUUUGUCCUUGCCUGGCUGGCUGAGAACGAGGAUGUGUCCAUGGAGUUCAUGCAUGGAGCGUUGGAGAGAGACAAGAGAGAAGGGUUUCAGCAGACGUCCGAGCACGCUCUGUUCUCCAGCUCGGUGGUGGACAUCUUCACUCAGCUCAACCAGAGCUUUGAGAUCAUCAAGAAACUGGACUGCCCUGAUCCCACCGUGGUGGCCCAUUAUAGCCGGCGCUUUGCCAAGACCAUCACCAAAGUGCUGCUGCAGUACUGCGCGCUGCUCGCCAAGAGCUUUCCAUCCUACUGUGAGAAGGAAAAGAUACCCUGUGUGCUGAUGAACAACGUCCAGCAGAUGAGGGUCCUUUUGGAGAAGAUGUUUGAGUCCAUGGGAGCAAAACAGCUGGACAGUGAGGCAGCAGACAUCCUCAAUGACCUGCAGGUGAAGCUCAACACCGUCUUGGACAACUUCAGUACCUUGUUUGCCAAGAGCUUCCAGAAUCGUAUAAAUGGCUGUAUGCGUCAGAUGGCGGAGAUCCUCUAUCAGAUGAAAGGGCCCCCCAACCACAACACUGCAGAGGCAGAUGCUGAGACCAUGCUGAGGCCCCUUAUGGAGUUUCUGGAUGGGAAUCUUAGCAUCUUUGCCGACAUCUGUGAGAAGACGGUGCUGAAGAGGAUCUUGAAGGACUUGUGGAAAAUCGUCCUGAGCAGCCUGGAGAAGACCAUCGUUCUGCCUCAGAGCAAUGACAGCCUGGGAGCCCAACUCCUCACGGCAGCUAAAGGACUUUCUAAUCUCAAGGGAGGGGGUGAAGCCAAAACCCUGACACCUAAACAGUGUGUCAUCAUUGAUGCGGGACUAGAGACCAUCAAGCAAUACUUCCACGCGGGAGGAAGUGGGUUGAAGAAAGCAUUUGUGGAGAAGAGCCCUGAACUGGCUUCGCUGCGUUACGCCCUUUCCCUCUACUCUCAGAGCACGGAUGCUCUCAUCAAGACUUUUGUCACUACACAGCACUCCCAAGUUCACGAUGGAAUGGGCAUCAGAAUCACUGGUAAUGAGAAGAUCAGACCUGACAGGGGUUCAGGCAUAGAGAAGCCCAUCGGAGAGGUCGUGCUGCAGGUCGACAUGAUGCUCGGAAAGGAACGGAAGGUCAACAUCAGAGUCAUCGCAGUGAAUGACAUGAAGUGGCAGACAUCAGGCAUGUUUCGGCCUUUCGUUGAGGUCUCCAUGGUCGGCCCCUUCCUGGCUGACAAGAAGCGCAAGUUCACUACAAAAUCCAAGAACAACAGCUGGACAGCAAAGUUCAAUGAAGCCUUCCAGUUUGUCCUGGGUAAGGAAUCCCCAGACUGCUAUGAGCUCCAGGUGGCAGUGAAGGAUUAUUGCUUCGGCCGGGCGGACCGGGUAGUUGGCAUGGCCGUGGUUCAGCUGCGGGACGUGGCCGACCGGAAGAGCUGCGUGUGCUGGUGUCCUCUUGGGCCACGCAUUAACACAGAUGAGACAGGCACCACGGUGAUGCGUAUCCUGUCUCAACGGCCUGCCGACGAGGUGGCCAAGGAGUUUGUCAAAAUGAAAUCUGAAACUCGUCCUGUGGAGGAGGGCAGGUGAACAGAAGUGCUGACUCAGGAUCUGAUAUUGUUGAGGUGGUGAAAUGUGGUGGAAACCACAUGUUCAAAUAUAAGCAGACUAAAUCUUUUUGAAACACUUAAUUAAGUUUUUUCAUUGAAGCUGGAGAUUCUCAUGAUCUUCUCAUUCUUAUUAUUGAAUAUUUUAUGUAGCCGAUUAUUUGGAAAUAAUCAGAUCAGACCUCCAAACCCUGCUGGAAUUAAUGAUUUGGAUCUCCUGGCAGUGAAAAAAGAUGAUAACAAGAUAUAAUUUUUCUAAAUAAAUUGGGCCUAUACACUCUGGAACUGAACAUUUCACAAACAAAGCCAAAAGUAUGGAAAAUGAUCUUUUCCCCAUUUCAAUUCAUGAAUUGCUAAUUUUUUUUAUUCAAACGGAGUUAAAUGCAACAUCACAAGUCACUGAUUCACUGAUUGACAAUUGUAGCACCAGAUGUGUCUUACAAAAAGGUUAUUUUACUGCUUUUAACCAGUCAGUCAGUUUUUACUGAAUGUUGCCUGUAAAUAUUAAAUUACUGGUGACUGAUCAUAUAAAGUCUUUAAAAGAAAAAGAAAACAUGGCAAUGGGAUUUUGUAGCGAGUUCUUACAUUACAAAGCCUUAAAAAGAUCCUGUUAGCUAACAAUGUUAGCUAAUAAAGCUAGCUAACUCUGUUAGCCAAAAAUGCUAGCCAACAAUGUUAGCUAAUAAAGCUAGUUAUGUUAUCCAAAAAUGCUAGCUUACAAUGCUGGUCAACAAGGCUAGCUAAUAAAGCUAGCUAAGAAUGCUAGAUAAUAAUGCUAGAUAAGAAAGUUAUAUCAGUGUAUUUUGUGGGAUUUACAGACUUGACACAUGAGUGAGUUAUAUAGUACAGGAAAAAUGUUUUAAUUUUACGAAGACACAGAGUAUUAUGAGUUUAAAGUGUCUGACCGAUCAUUGGAUUGAGACUUGUCUGGCCUGUGAUUUAAAAUUUGCUGUUUUAUUUUCACACUGUGACUGUGAGGAUCCUUUCACCUGCUCUGAAUGAAAACAACCAGCUGCUAACAACCUAAUUAUAUGGUGAUUUAAUGAGAACAAAUCAGAUUCCACAGACUUGCCGUGCAUGCGCUCACAUGCCAAUAGAUUUUUUCCGGUUAUCUGACUAGUGUAUUACGUUAACUACAAACUAAUGGCAAAUAAAACACAGCCAGGUUUGACAGAACCGACUGACAAAUAUUUAGGGAGGUUUCAUGUUCUUGUUUGUUUACUACGUGCCAAGGAACACAAGUGUUCAGCGAGCCGUGUUCAGCUAGCUCGCUGCGUUUUAGGUUUAUCGGACAGAUGUGACCUUUGUUGAAAUCCCACGUCUUACUGCAGUAUUUCCAGAAAAAAAAAAAAAAACUGAAUAACAGACUUAUGCUAACUGGGAUCU